AUGCCGGGUAGCACAAAGAGUGAUACAAAAUUAGAAAACGAGAUUAGAAUUAGUUACAAGAGUGAUGCAUUAGAUUAUGUCUAUAAAGCUAUUGUAUUAUUCGAGACCUAUGAUGAAAUUAUUUUAUCAGGAGUAGGAAAAGCUAUAAGUUCUGUUGUUAAUGUAGCUGAAAUGGUAAAAAGGAGAGCCAAGGGCUUACACCAGUUUACCAAGCUUUACGAAAAGGAGCAUGUAAUUAAAAGAGAGGAUAAUAGUGGCUUGAAAAAGAACGCAAAAAAUGAAGACAAGAAAUCGGGGGAUGAAGAAGAGGAAGAAGAAGAAGAAGAAGAAGAUGAGGAAAACAAUAAAAACAAAGAAGCAAAUAACAGAACUGUUGAAUUUAUUACUACUGUUCCAUGUAUGAAAAUUAUUUUAUCAAAAAAUGAGGAUAAAAUUGACAAAAAUGAAAUAGGUUAUCAGAAACCAUUGGACGAAAAAGAAGUAAAUGUUAUGACCCCAGAACAAAUAUUAAAGGAAAAAUCUUAUAGAAGAAGAUAUAGAAGAGGAGGACGUGGUGGUGAUCGAUUUAGAUCAUAUCGAAGAAACUAUUAUGAAACAUCCAUGUGGAAUAAUAGAAGAUAUGAAAAAAGAAAUUAA